AUAAUUAAAUGCGUUUAAGGGUGAAAGGUGGCACAUGUUGGUGCCACUGCAACUUGACAGGUGUCACGUAUUUAAGGUUAGGGUUUGGGUGAAUCACUUAAACAUUYAAUUUUUGCGAAAUGGCUGAUCCGAAAUACGCCAAUUUGCCUGGAAUAGCCCUCGACGAGCCCGACGUUUACGAAACCAAUGACCUCCCAGAAUCCGAACAAGGUGUCGAUUUUUUCGAAGAGGAGAACGACGCGGUUGAACGAAUCCACAUUUCAGCUAGCGAAGCUUUCAAUAAAUUCAAGGGAAAGUUUCUCAAAGCCAAUAAUGUCGAUUUUUCGGAACGAAUUAGCAAACGAAUUAGGACGGGUUACGACGCACGUUCCGGCGACUGGGAAUUGGUGGGUGUCGGUGAAAAUGAGACACCUUUGCAGAAAUACCAGAGAUUGCAAUGCGAAAUGAAGGAAUUACUUGAAGAAGUUAACAAGYUACAAGCGAAAGGACCUGGAGACGACACCAAUUGUCUCGUUUCAAGUAAUCAAGUGGAACAAGCGCUCAAAAAACUCACCGACUUGAAACUGGAAGAUACAUUAGGGGCCGAAAUCGUUUCGAGCAUUUCUGACCCACAAGGGACACAAAUCAAAAAGUUGCUGUCACAACUGGAGCAAUUCAAAGCGAGUGCUCGUGAAAAAACCGAAUCUCAGGCCGAAAGUGACGGUUCCGGUAUUGUUUACCAAUUGAAUUACCGGCCAGAACAGGCCCGUUUGGUUCAAACCACUCGAGUGGCUGAACUYGAGGGGCGUUUGCAUCGUCUGGAGUCGGUUAUGGGCUCUUCCAACGAUAAAUUGACUCGAUUGGCGGCCGCUACUAAUAAGGGGACUUUGUUAGAGACAGCUCAGUAUUUGAGCGCCACCGCUAGUUUGUUAGAUUCAGCCCAGUUGGAUCACAUUGAAGGGCGGUUGUCGUGCUUGCAGCAAAAACUCGACGCCAUCGCCGAGAAAAAGAAGGAAAUCGCGCAAGACGAAGAGAAAGAUAAAAUGAUUCUGGAGCUGUACGAGGUGGUCAAAAACAGUGAAAAAAUCAAUAAACUCUUACCGCAAACAAUUGAACGUUUGAAAGCAUUAGAAGCAUUGCAUAAUAAAGCUACCGAUUUCGUGAAAACUUUGACGCAGAUCGAAACCAUUCAAACGGAAGUUCAGGCAAACGUACAAAACAACAAAACUCUGCUACAAGGCGUCCAGGAAAGUUUCGCAAUGAACUUAAACGAAAUCAACGCAACUGUGGUUAGUUUAGACGCUAGGAUUAAAGCUUUAAAGAAAAAAUAAUUUAUAGUAAAGUAAAAACUAAUUUAUUAUUAUAAAAAUUGUAACAAUGUAAUUUUUUCUAUUUGUUUAAUAAAUUAAUGUCAUUUUA